AUGAUGUUCCAACCACAACCCACACCAUAUUCAUCCUUCUCUUCAUAUGGAUUUAAUAUAUCUCCACAACCACAAUCGCAACCUCCACCACCACUUCUGAACUUCAACAAUUUUCAUCACAAUUGCAACCACAACCUCAAUCAUAAUCAAAAUUCAAUCUCAAACUCACAACAACCACAUCAUCAUCAUCAGCAUCAACAUCAACAUCCUCACUCUCAUUCUCAUUCCCAUUCACAAUCACAAUCACAAUCACAAUCACAAUCACAAUCACAAUCACAAUCUCACGCACAACAGCAACAGCAACGUUCGAAUAUUUUACCUCAAUGUUCAUCUUCGGCACACGCAACACCAAUAACUGCAACAAUCUUGGAUAAUCUUACUUCACUUGUUGUUGCAACUCAAUCGGGACAAGGUACAGCAACGGGACGUGGACUAGGAAAUACCCUGCAACAAUUUCAACAGCGGCAUCCACAUCCACAGCAGCAACCAAUUUUUAACAAUAUACCCCACAACACCAACACCAACUCCUCUUCGUUACCACAAUCAUUCGCACAUCAUAAUCAGCAACAAUACAAAAUGGAGAAUAAUGGAGUUAAUGAUAUGGACGCUCAGGAAGCUCUUGCUAGAGAGUUUCAACCGGCUCUAGAGGGCCCGUUAGUGGGGGAAAAGAAGAGCAGUUUGGCGAUAGCUGUAGAAUAUUCGAAAGCUGAUCCAAUAUAUGUAUCGAAGACUUCUGCAUUACCGCAGAAAUAUUCUCAUUAUCGACCAAUUCUUGGCGAUGGAAAUUGUGGAUGGCGGGCGGCGGGAUUUUCCUAUUUCGAAACUUUGCUGAGGAUCGGGAACAAGGGUCAGGUAGAGGAAGAGCUAGCGAGGAUGAUGUCGUUGAACAAUUUGCUCAUAACGGCUGGGGGAUUCGAUGCAUGGCUCUUUGAGGAUAUGGUAGAGGAAACUACUACUCUUUUGAGGGAUAUGGCGGAUCUAAUGGAUACUUCCAUACAAGCUGCUGAAUCUCUCGUCUUGGAUAGGUUCAAUAACUCGGAAAGCUCAAACGCUAUCGUGUACCAUUUUCGAUUACUGGCAAGCUCAUGGCUUAGAGCGAAUUCUCAAAACUACCAAGACUUCAUACCAGACGGUGGUGGAGUCGAUCAGUAUAGUAAAGAUUGGUUGGAGCCGCCCAAUCAAGAAAUAGAUCAUCUUGGUAUGGCUUUACUCAUCGAUGUUCUACUGAAACCCACGGGGUUUGCCGUAGAGAUCGUCUAUCUCGACCGCAGUGAAGGAACACAAGUCAACAGUCACAUGUUCCAAGCCGAGGAUUCGAAUGGUCAGCCUACGAACCCAGGAGGUCCUAUCAUAUAUCUCCUUUACAGGCCUAGUCACUACGAUAUCUUGUACAAAGAUCUUUUACGGCAGGGCAUUGGGAUGAGUUCAAACAUCCAAGUCAACCGAGCUACGAACUUUUCCCAUCAACAUUCGAUCCAACAAACUGCUCCUAUGAAUUCAUUUCAGAAUAUGGAUCUCCUUCUCAGCAUACCGGGUGUCAGUAUUGCUUCACCAUAUUCAAAUUUCGGUUCCCAAUAUCAAUCUCCGAUGUCUCAAUCCUUUGCUCCUCCAACCAUCUCUACAGCCAUCUCACCCAUGUCACCUACCGGGAACUCAGUCUCAACACCACAAUCCGCCACCUCAGCCUCUAGCAUUCCCACCCACUCGACGUUUACUUCAAUCAACACCCCCACCCCAAUUCUUACCUCUCCGCACCCGUUUCAAAACACUCAAACCUCCCUACCUAUCCAUACUCUCCCUCGACCUCAUCCUCAUGCUCUCCCAUCUCCAAUUUUAUUAGGUAUACCAGCACCAAGUUUUCGUCCAAGUAAAUACGAAUGGGCUGUAGCAGCCGAUUUACAGGAAGGUCCUGUGCCUAGUUUUCAGACUAGCACGUUUAAAAAUAGUCAUUACAAUACAGCGCAUUACAAUAAUCCAAAUUUUCAACCCGAAGAGUGGACACCGGAAGAUGAUGGGUUGGGCAUGGGUAGUAAAGGGGGGGGAGGGGUUGGCGGGUACGGUGGUUGGGGAAGGAAGAGGAGUAGUUAA